UAUAAAAUGGAAGACCACAAACUUCUUGAGCGCAAAAAAUUCCUCAUGUCCAAAAUCGAUAAGAAGCCUGAGCGAGAACAAUUCAUGAUCCACCUUCGCAAGAAGAAGAGACAGGAAAUAUUUAGUAAAUAAGCGAAGGCUACUCAAAACCCAGCAAGAACAGGAGGAUCAAUGUACAGCAGAAACUCCGCUCCCAGAAUCCAUCCCUGACUACAUAACUUCCUUAUUCAGCGCCCUGCCUAGCCCAGCCUCUGCUUGCACCCAGAGGAGGUUCCUGGCCCACCUCUCAGCGGUAGCAGAGCAGCACGGGGAGGAGGUGUUCAGAGAGAUUAUUGACCAAGGCUUUGGGGAGGUCUUGGGUAGGUGCUUUGAGUGGGAGGUUGAAGGGGAUCUGGUGGAGGGGUUGUGAAUGGUUUGAUGUGAUAUCACCUUCCUUCAAGACGAAGGCCUAAUCCAAAAAUUCCUCAAUACAGAGCCUAAUCUCAUCGACUUCCUAUUCAAAGUACUCAAAACAGAACCCCGCUCCGAAAUCAUAGAUUCAGUUAUAAUCUCCCUCACUAAUCUAUGCAUCACCGGUACAUACACUGAAGAAAUUGUGAACAGAGGUUACAUCAGCCUGGUUGAGGAGCAGCUGGACAGAGCAGAGGAAGUAGGAAUGAAGUGGGUGAAGUAACAUAGCUUGGAGUUUAGCAACGAUCUCAAAUCCAUUCAUAACUGAAGAUAACAAAAGGAUUCUGAUAAUUACUUGUCAGAGAUUGUUUGCCUUUCAAGAUCAGGAAACUACAAAUGAAUGCAUGAAAUGUCUUAGCCGGCUACUUGAUGAAAGCCAGGCUUUCUUCUUAAUCCACAAGUUUGAUAUGUUCCCUUAUCUGUUCAAUAUGCUCAAGGGAGCAGAAGAUAGAUGUCUCAUUCAUCUUCUACUGGAGUUUUAUGCACUCUUAUUUUGUUAUGAGGAAAUAGACCUAUGCAUCAUGGUCUUUACAAAAGAAUUUCAGAUAGCUUUAGAAGAUAUAUUUCACGCUGAAGUGAGAUAUAAAAGUCAAACUUCUGAACAAGAACAAGAUCUCAAUUCAUCAUACUAUAUUGAAGGAGUAAUACUUGACAUUUUCCAAAAUGCAGCUGCAAAAGUAGAUCAAGCUGCAUCAAUGCUGCUUAACUCACCUCUGAUGCAGAUCCUGACUUUUGAGCAGUAUGACGACUUAAACGUAGUAGGAGCUUCAAUACAGCUAUUUUGCAAUGUAUUUUCUAGGCUAGAUUUCGAUGACCCAAACUCAAAAGAGUUCAUCACUGUAAAAACAUGUUCUUUCAAUUCAUCAAUGUCUAGUAGAUUAAUGACUAACUUUGAAAAUUUGGUUGAGAUACUAGAAUCCCAGUAUCUUCCCCCAGAGAUAGUGUACACUUGCCUUAAGUGCUUGUACCAAAUACUCAAGUUUUCCUCAGAGCAUUCCAUCCCUGACUAUAUGCAGUACUUUAAAGAAAGAGGAGGUGAAGAAAUCCUUGAGAAAUAUACAUCAGAUACAAAUUAUAACAAUGCUGAAAUAUGUAGCCUCAUUCUUAGUGAGUAUUUUGACCAUGACUCCAACUUUUAUGAGCCUCAAGAAUUUCAGUAACGAUCAUGC